UGGCACGGAAUAGUAUUUAUUGGCAGGCGCUGAAACAAACAACUAUCGUCGUGCGUCCCAUGCCAACCUUUACUCACUAGUCCCAAAGUUGGAUUGUUAUCACCAUGGAUGAAAGCGGGGAGUUCAACUAUGAUUAUAGUUUUACCAGCAACACUUCUGACAACAUAUCAGAAGGGUCUGGAUUUGAUUUUACAGACCUAAAUAUACCGGAGAUCUGUGGCCAGACAUUCAGCAAUGACUUCAACAAAAUCUUCCUACCUACAGUGUACGGAAUAAUAUCCAUUCUUGGGAUAGUUGGUAAUGGAUUAGUUGUACUAGUCAUGGGUUACCAGAAAAAGGUCAAAACAAUGACAGACAAGUACCGGCUCCAUUUGUCUGUCGCUGACCUCCUGUUUGUCCUCACUCUGCCCUUUUGGGCUGUGGAUGUAGCCAAAAACUGGUACUUUGGAGGUUUCCUCUGUGUGUCUGUGCACAUGAUCUACACCAUCAACCUGUACAGUAGUGUGCUGAUUCUGGCCUUCAUCAGUCUGGACAGAUACUUGGCAGUUGUACGGGCUACCAACAGCCAAGCCACGAGGAAGCUUCUUGCAAAUAGAGUGAUCUACGUGGGUGUGUGGCUGCCGGCAGCCAUUCUGACCAUACCUGACAUGGUCUUUGCAAGAGUGCAGAGCGUGAGCUCUUCAAAUAUCAACUUGAAAGAAGAAAGCAAGGAAACGGCAGACUCCAGGACUAUCUGCCAGCGCAUGUAUCCAGUGGAAAGUGACGUCAUAUGGAUAGUUGUUUUCCGCUUCCAGCACAUCCUGGUGGGCUUCAUUCUGCCAGGCUUGGUUAUCCUCAUCUGCUACUGCAUUAUCAUAACAAAGCUGGCACAAGGCGCAAAGGGCCAGACACUGAAGAAAAAGGCAUUGAAGACCACAAUCAUUCUUAUCUUUUGCUUUUUUUGUUGCUGGCUCCCCUACUGUGUUGGCAUCUUUUUGGACAACCUCGUGAUGCUGAAUGUGCUCUCCCCCUCAUGUGAACUGCAGCAAGCGCUGGGCAAGUGGAUUUCUGUCACUGAGGCGCUAGCCUAUUUUCACUGCUGCCUAAACCCCAUCCUCUAUGCUUUCUUGGGAGUUAAGUUUAAGAAAUCAGCUAAGAGUGCACUGACAGUGAGCAGCAGAUCAAGUCAGAAAGUGACUCUCAUGACAAAAAAGCGAGGGCCAAUUUCAUCUGUGUCAACCGAGUCGGAGUCCUCGAGUGUUUUGUCAAGUUAACUGUCAGCCUCGGAGUCUGUGACUUGAUACUCUCAGGAGUGAAAAAGCUAAGCUGUAAUUUCAAAGAACUACAAUCUGUACAAUUGUAAAUGAAAGAGUUUUUAUACGUGAAAAUUUUUUUUGUGUGUGUGUGUGCCAUUGUACUUCAGUCGUGUGGCUUUUGUGGUUCUUAUUUUCUGUAUUUUAUUUUCUGUUCCUCAAAGCAGAUCGUGUCCUCAGGCAGUGCCUCAUUUCCAUUCAUUCAGUUUUACAAUCAAUACCCAUUGUCCUAGUUUUUAUCCUAUAGUCUUUGAUGCUGUAUCAAAGCUCGGACACACAAUGUCCUUUCUGGGGGUUUUUAGGACUGGUAGCUGCUUUUUGAAACAUGUACAUGGUUUGUAGCAUAUCUAUGUUUGCACCUAAGCUGUGCGAUUAUCUGAAAGCUAUAAUUUAUUGCUGUCAUCCACACUGGAGUUUUGUAAAAUAACUUUU